GCUGGAUCUUAGUUGCGGCACAUGGAAAAAGAUCCGUGUGGCAUGUGGGAUCUAGGUCCCUGACCAGGGAUCAAACCGGGCUCCCUAAAUUGGGAGCGGAGAGUCUUAGCCACUGGACCACCAGGAACAUCCCAUUGGCCAGAUUUAUUUCUUAUAAGCAAGGGCCAACAACUGUCCACUUCCUAGAAUCUUCUAGUGUGGGCAAGCCUGAGCAUUUGCAUCCAUGACUGGGUUAUAAAUUACUCUCCUUUUAUUUCUCCUCUAUAGUAAAGUUAGAGUGUCGCACUGAUAGUUAUGAAAUGUUGUGAACAGGUAGAUUAUUUCGGACUUCCAGUUUCUAGUCCUGUGUGCAAGGAGCUUGGACGUCAUCACACUGCCCUUGUGAAUAAAAAGCUGAGCAAAGGAAAAAAUGAACACCUCUUCUUAGAUUCAUUAGAGAAGUGAGGCCACAACGCAAGCCGCCGUCUCCGGUUUGUGUGUGUGUCAUCUAAGGCUGCUUUCCCAAAGCAGCAGCAGGCUUGAGAAGCUGCGACAAAGACUGUCUGCCCCGCAAAGCCUGAAAUAUUUGCUCUGACCCAAGGCAGAAAAUGUUUGCUGGCGCUGAUAUAAGAUAAGGAGAGUGAAAAUAGAGGAACAGUUAACAGACAGGAAUGAGCUGUGUGUGGGGGACCAAGUCCUGGGUCCAGAGCCAUUUUUCUGGCUAGGGUGUUCUCCCUUCUCCUCUGCCCUUGGAGGGGACAUCGCCCCAUGGCUCUGGGAGGCAUGUUCAGGAAUGCAGCGGCCAUCUAUUUGCACCUGGUGGGUCCCCUCCGGGGAAAGAAGUCUGGAGCUUCGCUCACCCGGUGUUUGCACCAGACUCUCACCAUGGCUAAACGGCUGCAGGCUCGAAGGCUGGACGGGAUCGACUGCAACCCAUGGGUGGAAUUUGUCAAACUGGCCAGCGAGGAGGCUGAUGUUGUAAAUCUGGGCCAAGGCUUCCCAGACUUCUCACCCCCAGAGUUCGCCGUGGAAGCCUUUCAGCACGCCGUCAGUGGGGACUUCAUGCUUAACCAGUACACGAAGGCAUUUGGUUACCCACCCCUGACGAAGAUUCUGGCCAGUUUCUUCGGGAAGUUGCUGGGACAGGAGAUAGACCCACUCAAGAACGUGCUGGUAACUGUGGGUGCCUACGGGGCCCUGUUCACAGCCUUCCAGGCCCUGGUGGAUGAAGGAGAUGAGGUUAUCAUCAUCGAGCCCUUUUUUGACUGUUAUGAGCCCAUGACAUUGAUGGCAGGGGGUCGCCCUGUGUUUGUGCCCCUGAAGCCGAGCCCCACCCAGAAGGGAGAACCAGAUUCCAGCAGCAACUGGCAGCUGGAUCCCACGGAGCUGGCCAGCAAGUUCACAUCUCGCACUAAAGCCUUCAUCCUCAACACACCCAACAACCCCCUGGGAAAGGUGUUCUCCAGGGAAGAGCUGGAGCUGGUGGCCAGCCUCUGUCGGCAGUAUGACGUUGUGUGCAUCACGGACGAGGUGUACCAGUGGUUGGUCUUCGAUGGGUUCCAGCACAUCAGCAUUGCCAGCCUCCCCGGCAUGUGGGAGCGCACCCUGACCAUCGGUAGCGCUGGCAAGACCUUCAGUGUCACAGGCUGGAAGGUGGGCUGGGUCCUGGGCCCGGACAGCCUCAUGAAGCACCUGCGUACUGUGCACCAGAACUCCAUCUAUCACUGUCCCACGCAGGGCCAGGCCGCAGUGGCUCAGAGCUUCGAGCGGGAGCAGCUGCACUUCGGCCAACCCAGCAGCUACUUUGUGCAGCUCCCACAGUACAUCCAGCGCUGCCGCGACCACAUGAUACAGAGCCUACAGUCCGUGGGCCUGCGGCCCGUGAUCCCCCAGGGCAGCUACUUCCUCAUCACAGACAUCUCGGACUUCAAAAACAAGAUGCCUGACUUGCCUGGAGCGGCAGAUGAGCCCUACGACAAACGCUUUGUCAAGUGGAUGAUCAAGAAUAAGGGCUUGAUGGCCAUUCCAGUGUCCAUCUUCUUCAGCGUGCCCCACCAGAAGCUCUUUGACCACUAUAUCCGCUUCUGUUUCGUGAAGGAUGAAUCCACGCUCCGGGCCAUGGACCAGAAGCUGCAGAAGUGGAAGGCUGAGCUCACGCCCUGAGGUCGUGACAUCAGCCCUGGGCCCUGCCUGGUGCCUGCACACUCUGUGAGGCUCUGUCUUUGUCCAGCUCUCAGCCAUCCCAGGUGGAAGGUAGAAGGUACUGGAGGAGCCCGUCUCUGUAACACAGAAUGAUCCCAGGGAAGAGUCCUGCUUUUGGUCUCUGGGGAGUCGGGAGCACUUCCUCAUGGUGUAUGGCUCUGUUCCUGUCGCAGAGGUGAGGGAGGCCUGACCGGGGCCUCUCCCUGGUACUACCUGUGCUGGGCUGAAUGGUCUUGGGUCCCCUCUCCCCUUCCCAGGCUCAGCUGGGACUCCGAGGGCAGAUUUCAAUAACGUACUGGCCUUGGUCCCAGUCCUGGCCCCAGCCAGGCCUUGGACAUCCUUCCCUUUCCUUAUCUACAUUUGUUCUUGGGAAGUUGUAUUUAAGCUUGAGUCCUCAAGCCACUACUUUUUGCCCAUAAUAAAGUUUUAAGCUAUUCAGACUCUUA